AUGAGCAGCAACGAUCCCCUCGUCUUCGAUCUUUCAAGUCUACCUCUUUAUCCCAUCGAUUCCACCAUGGCCGAUCCCUCUUCCGCCAAGACCGAUUCCACCAUGGCCGAUCCCUCUUCCACCAAGGCGUCUGCCACCAAGCCCGACACCACCAUGGCCGAUCCCUCUUCCACCAAGCGCAAGUGGAGGACCAAAGUUACCGGUCCCAACGAUGACUUCAACGUCUUUCGAGGCAUCCAAACAACCGUCAUCAAGGAUGCCAAGAACAUGCAUCACCAAGUUGAUGCCGCCGCUUUGACCUCCCAAGUGCUGUACACGGACGAGAAUGGGAAGGUUAUCUCCGCGGUCACCGUUGUGAUGCCUUCGUUGAUCUGCCACCAAGCCUUCAACAAGAAGUAUCUUGGGCCUCCCGGCAACCAACCCGUCGUUCCCUGGCACCAGCUUCCGUACAAGGACGAUGAUGACGAGCUUAAACCCAUCACGAUCCAGGCAUUCAGCAUGCAUACCAUCGCCCUUCUUGCUCAGCAUCAGUGCUGGGUCCAAGCUGUUGUGACAACAGGGUGCGAGCCAUCAGAGCAUGAAGGUCUGAUUCUAACCUCCGUCCAUGAUGGAGAAGGCAACUUGACGAGUUUUUUUAGAGGUACCAUGCUCCCACCACCGGAAGGAGAAGAAAAGGAGGGUGCUACAUUCCCACCACCGGAAGGAGAAGAAAAGGAGGGUGCUACAUUGACCACCGCCCUCUCUGACGAUAGCGAUGAAACUGUCGAACCCCCGGAUGCUGGCUUGAUGGCCAUGAUCAAGGGACAGAUCGACACCUUCAACGCCAACAACAAGAAGGAGGAGAAGGAGGAGCGUUGGGUGCAGGGCCCUUUGAUUCCUUGUCCAAAGCUUAAAGAGGGCCAAACACUAAAGAUUACCAUCAGAGGUCCAGGCGAUACUGAAGACACGGUUCUUUAUGUCAAGGCAGUGGCCAAGAAGAAGGAUGACGGCGCCGAGAAGGAUGACGGCGUCGGCAGCAAGAAGGAUGACGGCGUCGGCAGCAAGAAGGAUGAGACUGAAGAAGCCUCGAGCUCUGAUUCUGGUGAGGAUAUCGAUUCAGACUGCAGUUAUGGUGAACAGGAGGAAGAGGAAGAGGUGGAUGAUAGCUACAAGUUCUGCAGUAUUUAG